AAUUGCUUCAGUUACCGAGCACAGUAUCUCGCUCAAUAUACGAAGGUGUUAAUUGUUUAUAUUCGGAAUCAUUCAACACUCAACAUUCAAUCAUUCAAUAUGGCAGCUACCGUCGUACUCAGCAGAGACGUGCCUGACAUCGAGAACCUUCUAACCAUAAAUCCAAAAAUAAAACCAUUUGCGAGCUUGGUCCCAUCAGCGUACACGAAAGAGAAUAAGAAGAAGUGGAAGAGGAACAUCAAUGAGAAAUGCAGUAAAUGUCCACCGCUGACGAAAAAUUUCGACGACAUCAAGCACACCACGCUCAGCGAACGCGGGGCAUUGAAAGAAGCUGCACGUUGCUUGAAAUGCACCGAUGCACCCUGCCAAAAGUCCUGUCCAACUCAAUUGGACAUCAAAUCUUUCAUCACCUCUAUAUCCAAUAAGAACUACUAUGGAGCGGCUAAAGCGAUUCUUUCGGAUAAUCCAUUGGGUCUCACUUGCGGCAUGGUUUGCCCAACGAGCGACCUUUGCGUAGGCGGAUGCAAUUUGCAUGCAUCCGAAGAAGGUCCUAUCAACAUCGGUGGUCUUCAACAGUUUGCAACGGACAUUUUUAAGCAAAUGAAUAUACCGCAAGUUCGAAUUCCUGGGCAAAUAGUUCCACACGCGGACACGAAAAUCGCGUUGCUGGGUUGUGGUCCAGCCUCUCUGUCCUGUGCCACGUUUCUCGCGCGUUUAGGUUACGAUGACAUUACGAUUUUCGAAAAGCAAAGUUACCUCGGGGGCUUAAGCGCGUCAGAGAUCCCCCAAUACCGGUUACCGUACGCUGCCGUCAACUUUGAGAUCGAUCUCGUUAAGGAUCUAGGAGUGAAGAUCGAGCUCGGCAGAGCGUUGUCAGAAAAUGAUUUAACGAUACAGGGUCUUCAAGAUUCAGGGUACAAAGUCAUCUUCUUGGGGAUCGGUCUUCCGAAAGCAAAAACUAUUCCAAUUUUCGCAAAUCUUACGGAGGAAAUGGGAUUUUUCACGUCGAAAAGCUUUCUACCUAAAGUAUCAGAGGGUAGCAAACCCGGAAUGUGCACAUGUAAGAAAAACUACGAACUACCCUCUCUUCGUGGGAACGUUGUUGUCCUUGGAGCCGGAGAUACAGCUUUCGAUUGCGCCACUUCCGCCUUGAGAUGCGGCGCUAAGAAGGUGUUCGUGGUUUUCAGAAAAGGAUUCACUAACGUUCGAGCUGUUCCCGAAGAAUUCCAUUUGGCAAGAGUAGAGAAAUGUGAAUUCAUCCCCUUCCAAUCGCCAAAGCAAGUGAUCACUCGUAAUGGGAAAAUAGUUGCAAUAGAAUUUCAUCGAACGGAGGAGACGGAAAAUGGUGACUGGGUCGAAGACGAAGAUCAAGUCUGUAGAUUGAAAACGGACUUCGUGAUAUCAGCUUUCGGGUCGGGAUUGCAAGAUUUCAGUGUGAUGAAAGCUAUGGCGCCCGUUAAGAUGAAUAAGUGGAAUUUACCUGCAGUGGAUGCAGAAACCAUGAGUACAUCUGUUCCUGGUGUCUUUUGUGGUGGAGACCUUGCCGGCAUUGCACAAACUACCGUCGAAUCUGUGAACGAUGGAAAGACGGCCGCUUGGUAUAUACAUAAGUUCAUCCAGAAUUCUUAUAAUUUGGAGGUACCUGAGAUACCGCAGCUACCUAAGUUCCACACUCCAAUCGACGACGUUGACAUAUCGGUGGAAGUUUGCGGUCUAAAGUUUGAAAAUCCAUUUGGCCUUGCCUCUGCACCACCGUGCACCACUAGCGCCAUGAUCAGACGAGCCUUUCAAGCGGGUUGGGGUUUUACUGUAACAAAGACAUUUGUGUUGGACAAGGACCUUGUCACGAACGUAUCGCCAAGGAUAAUUAAGGGUACCACUUCACGGCACCAUUACGGUCCAGAGCAAGGCAGUUUCUUGAACAUCGAAUUAAUAUCUGAGAAAUCGGAAGCUUACUGGUGCCAAAGUGUCACAGAAUUGAAGAAGGACUUUCCGACUAAGAUUAUCAUAGCUAGUAUUAUGUGUACGUAUAACAAAGCGGAUUGGACGGGACUCGCUCAGAAAGCUGAAGCCGCGGGAUCAGAUGCUUUGGAAUUGAAUCUGUCUUGUCCGCAUGGAAUGGGAGAGUCUGGAAUGGGAUUGGCUUGUGGACAAGAUCCUGAAUUGGUGAGGAAGAUCUCGAGAUGGGUGCGAGCAGCUGUAAAGAUACCAUUCUUCGUGAAAUUGACUCCUAACAUUACCGACAUCGUUUCAAUUGCGAAAGCCGCCUACGAAGGCCACGCCGAUGGUGUGUCUGCGAUAAAUACCGUAUCGGGUUUGAUGGGUUUACACGCCGAUGCAACCCCCUGGCCAGCUGUUGGUGUUCAAAAGGCCACUACCUACGGAGGUAUGUCAGGUAACUCAACAAGGCCCCAGGCGUUACGGGCAGUAUCCUCUAUUUCAAAAAUCCUUCCCGGAUUUUGUAUACUCGGAAUAGGCGGCAUCGAUUCUGCUGACGUUGCUCUUCAAUUUCUUCAUUGCGGCGCAUCGGUUGUACAGGUCUGCAGCGCUAUACAGAAUCAAGAUUUUACUUUGAUCGACGAUUACGUAAGUGGCUUAAAAGCCUUGCUAUACUUGAAAAGUCUAGAACAAGUGAAAGACUGGGAUGGACAGAGUCCGCCGACCUUUAAACAUCAAAAAGGAAAACCGGUUUCCUUGCAGCAUGCCCUUGGCAAAAAUAUACCAUACUUUGGUGAGUAUCAAAAGCUUCGAGAACAGAAAAUAGCCGAGAUUAAAGCGCAUUCAAAUCCGCUCGAGAAGACGUGCACUGUUACAAGACCUGUUCCAAAGUUAAUCGCAUCUGUACCAACUAUCAAAGAUGUUAUCGGCAAAGCUAUAAAUCACAUUCAAACUUACAAGGAAUUGGACAAUAAAAAACAAGUGGUAGCAUUGAUAGACGACGAUAUGUGCAUAAAUUGUGGAAAGUGUUAUAUGGCUUGUGCCGAUUCCGGUUACCAAGCAAUCCACUUUAAUCCAGAGACUCACAUUCCGGAAGUGACCGAUGACUGCACGGGCUGCACUCUUUGCCUCUCAGUGUGUCCCAUCAUCGAUUGCAUAACCAUGGUGCCUAAGACGAUACCGCACGUUGUUAAGAGGGGAAUUCCACCGAAAGGAACAUUAGAAUUUUCCACCAACAAAUAAAGUAUACGCUCCCUUAAAAAGGAAACGCUUAAACACUUCAUAUAAAAAUUUCUUUGUCUCUUAGAUGUAAUUUAUAAACUAAUUUUUAUUGUGUAUGAUUUAUUACAUUCAAGAAAGUUUUAACUUUAUUAUACCUACUAAUUGAACGUCCGUUGUUCAUUGCUCAAAGCAUAAUGAUAUUGAUAUUAGGUGUCAUGAAGCAGACCUUGAAAUUGAUUCAAGAAACGAUAAAUUAAUUUUAAAAAAUUACUGAGUUACACAAUAAAGCAGGGUCAGCCAACUUGAGCGAAAAUGAUCCGGUCGCUUGGGGAGGUGGAAGUUGCAAGAAGGGGAAAUGCGUUUGUGUGAGCCCCGGUCCGGGGUCCGGGUAGGGCAAUCCGUGAGCUCAGAACCACAGGUCAGCAGUUUCUCCCCACCCGCAAUAUCGGUGUUCCGGUCUCGUUGGUGGGAGUGGUGGGAGCGCUUUGGCAGUUCGGCGACUUCGGCUCAUUCAGUGAUAGUGAUUCAA